UAACCAUCUACCUGCUGGUUUGCGCAGCCGCCGAGAGGCUUUCGAAGCGCGAGGGGAAGGGAACGGAGCGGAGCGAAGAGGAGACCAUGUCGCGGUGGCGCGCCGCCGCCUCCCGCAUCUCCGCCGCCGUCUCGGCGGAGUCCCGCGUCCUCUCCAGGGCGUUCUCGAAGGCUCCGUCGCUGCCCCCGCCUCCCCAAAUCCUCUCCAGGACCUUCUCCAAGGCCGCCGCCGCCACGGCCACGUCGCCCAGCCGUAGCGCUGCCUCCGCCUCCGCUGCUUCCGGGCCGAGGCCCGAGGUCAGACUGAAUUCUAUGUUCUUAUCCAAGCCCUGUUCGUUGGCAUUGCCACCUGACUCCCCUCUUAGGGCAGAAGACCCACACUAUAAGGGCAUCAAACGGUUCAUGCUCACACUGUUGUUGUUCUACAGUAAGCAAAGCAAGUCCAUUAGAGGAGCAAAUGUUGUUUAUGAUCGAAUCACUUCUCAAGUUGACAUGCCUGUUAUCUAUGAUGUGUUUCAGUUGGAGAAAACAUUUAAAACAACAUUUUCGUUGCUUGUUCUCCAUAUGUGGCUUGUUCUACGCCGCUUGAAGGAGGAAGGGAAGGAUGGUGUUAAAUUCGGACAGUAUAUCUAUGAAAUUUACAAUCAUGAUGUAGAGCUCAGAGUUUCUAAAGCUGGGGUUAAUUUGCUCUUGAUAAAAUGGAUGAAAGAGCUAGAGAAAAUAUUCUACGGAAACAUUGUGAAAUAUGAUGCUGCCAUAAGCCCAGAAGCUCGUCAGGAUGAUCUUGUAAAUGUCAUCUGGAGGAAUAUAUAUGCUGAGGAAGGUUCGGAAGCGAUUGAUGCAGCUGCUACCCCUGCAGUUCAGGCAUUGGCAAGAUAUACACGAAGGGAGGCAACUUGUUUAUCAUUGACAGACAAAGAUGCUAUGUAUUCUGGAAACUUCAAAUUCACAACCCUGUUGCUGAACACUCCCAGUUCCAGCCCAAAGAAGCCUGUGCGAUGAACUGCCAUGAUAUAUCCGUAUUCCAUAUGAAGAUUGGCAAACGACAGGAGAAUGAACACCUAUCACUCUAGCAGCAUUACGAAUAAAAGAAAAUUUCCAGUACUUGUUAUUCUGGAACCCUCGUGAUUCGAAACUUUUUUUUAUGGGUAUACCUAUUCUAGCUAGGAAGUUCGUUCUUGUUAAUCUUAUGCAGGUGGUCCAUUGCUUUAGUCGUCCUCCCACAACAUAGCUUUUUUGUUCUUUUUGAUGGGUAUUCCAUUUCCUGGCUGAAUUGGUCACGAUCUUCAUUUGUGAUUGGACUAUUAGGGGUGAUAAAAAAGGUACCCGUUCAACUGUACUAGGUUUGGAGGUCGUGGUUGCUUGGAUGAUUUUGGAAAAGAAUGUCACUAGAUGAUGAGAAAUCCUUUAUAUUAAGUUAUUAACCCGAUCGUUUCAUUUUUUUUAUUGAA